AUGGACAGGAGCUGGAUCAGAAAGGGGGUUAGAAGACUCUCUACUGAACAUACAAAGGGAGUUGAAGAAUUUAUGCAGUUUGUUCACAGAAGUUUUGGCGAGGAUGCUCAAGUUCUUUGCCCGUGCCGCAGCUGUCUCAACCGCGAAGAACAAACUCUAGCAAACGUAGAGGCUCAUCUGCUGAUGUAUGGGAUGGCAAGCACUUACGAUCGGUGGAUCCAUCAUGGAGAGCCUUUGCAUGCACCUCAACCUGAACAAGAUCAACCUGAUGGAGAGGCACACCAUGUUGAUCAUGAAGGCGAUGAUUUUGUAGAAGAUGAUCAACAUAUGGAUGAUGGUUUGGAGGAGGAAGAUGGGAAUGAGGAUGACAGAAUUCCUGACCUGUUCAGGGACUUGUACAAGUCAGAACCACAAGGUGGUGAUGGAGAUAAGACUAUCUUUGCUGAGUUGAUAGAGGAGGCGAAGCGUGCAGCAAGUGAUGGUGGUACAUUUUCAAGAUUUACCUUCACCGUGAAGCUUCUCCAUGUCAAAUCUUACUACCGGAUAAGAAAUGCCGCAUUCAACGCGAUACUCCGGAUCUUAACAUUGCAAUACCCCAAAAGUUCAAUUCCCAGAAAUUAUGAUGAAGCUUUGAGCAUCAUCGGAAGAUUGGGGCUUGGCUAUGAUACAAUACAUGUGUGCCCCAAUAACUGUGUGUUGUUUCGGAAGCAAUUCGCCAAGCUUGACAACUGUCCGAAGUGCAACGCUUCUCGAUGGAAAGAUGGGAGGAGGCAGAUACCUGAGAAGGUACUGAGGCACUUCCCUUUGAUACCAAGGCUCCAGAGAAUGUUCAUUUCGAAGGAACAGUCAGAGGAGGUACAGUGGCACAAGCUAAAGCGGCAACCUGUGGAGAAUGAGCUUAGCCAUCCAGCUGAUGGAGAAGCAUGGAAAGAUUUUGACAAGAAAUAUCCAAAAUUUGCAGCUGAUGCAAGGAACAUAAGGCUCGGCAUUGCCACAGAUGGGUUUAAUCCAUUUGGCAACAUGAGCAACUCAUAUAGCAUGUGGCCAGUGUUCAUCAUGCCGUACAAUCUACCGCCAUGGGCAUGCAUGGAUCAGUGCAACCUUGUGAUGGCUUUGCUUAUCCCAGGACCAGAUUCUCCAGGAAAAGAUUUUGAUGUCUUUAUGGAGCCCCUCGUAGAAGAACUCCUCCUGCUGUGGAAAGGUGUGCGUACCUAUGACGCACUGAGUCCCGACAAGUUUGAUCUGCGCGCUGCGAUCAUAUGGUGCAUACACGAUUUCCCGGCGUUACACACUUUGUCGGGGAGGGUCACGGCAGGUUAUAAUGCAUGUGUGUGCUGUGACAAAGACCCUUGCUCGAAGAGAAUAAGGAACAAGAUAUGCUUCAUUGGGCACCGCCGUUGGCUUCCUCACAACCAUCGAUGGCGAAAAAGCAAAAUUUUUAAUGGUGAGGCUGAAAGCCGUGGCAAGCCGAAGGAAUUUACUGAAACUGAACUGAAGGAGCAACUUGACAAGGUGAAAGAUGUGAGGCCAGGGAAGCUUCAGAAGAAAAGAAAGCGCGAGGAAGGUCAAUGCUGGAGCCGGAGGUCUAUUUUGUGGGACCUCCCUUAUUGGGCUCAUCUGAAGUUGAGGCAUAAUCUCGAUGUGAUGCACAUCGAGAAAAACAUAUGUGAUAACCUUCUUGGCACAUUCAUGAACAUCGAUGGGAAAUCCAAGGAUACGGUUAACUCUAGGCUCGACUUGGAAGAUAUGGGAAUAAGAGAAGAGUUGCACCUACAACCUGUUGAAGAUGGAGAGUCGUUUGAAAUGCCAGAAGCAUGGUACACAAUGAGUAAAGAAGAAAAAAAUGCAUUUUGUGAAUUCAUAAGAGCGGUGAGAUUUCCAGAUGGAUACGCCGCUCAUCUAGCAAAAUGCAUUUCGCCUGAUGGAUGCAAGCUGCAAGGAUUGAAGACACAUGAUUGUCAUAUCCUCCUCCAAAGGAUUUUACCAGCGGGACUCCGAGGAAUGAUGAAGCCAGAAAUCUAUGAGGCGGUUGCUGAAUUGGGAAACUUUUUUAGAGAGUUGUGCUGCAAAACACUAAAGCUGGAUGUUCUUGACAGGCUUGAAAAAGAAAUCCCAAUUAUCCUUUGCAAACUUGAGCAGAUAUUUCCUCCGGCGUUCUUCACCGUGAUGGUUCAUUUGUGCGUGCACUUACCAGAAGAGGCAAAGCUUCGAGGACCUGUACAGUACGGCUGGAUGUACCCGAUCGAAAGAAGGCUCCUUAAAUGUAAGCGUUCUGUUCGAAACAUGGCCAGACCUGAAGGAUCGAUUGCCGAGGCAUACAUUGUUGAUGAAUGCUUAACAUUCUGUUCAAGAUACUUCGAUGAUGUGGAGACGAGAUUUAAUCGGCCGGGCAGAAAUAGUGCGCGGGAUGAUUCACAUACCGGUGAUAUCUCGGUUUUCAAGCACGGUGUGAAGUUCUUUGGAGCUUGCCAAUACUUAGAGGCCGAUGGUGCUGACUAUGACAAGAUGGUUUACUAUGUGCUCAGAAGUUGCUCCGAGGUGCUACCAUAUAUCGACCUAUGCAAGGAAGAGUUGAAGGAGCAAGAUAGCCGAAUCAAUGUUGAUAGAUGGCUCGCGAAGAAUUUUGCAAAAUGGUUUCAGGAUCGUAUUGGAAAAUUGCAUGAGGAGAAGAAAGUGAGUGCUGAUCUUUUUGCUUUGGCAUGCCAACCGGAUAGGCGAGUGAGAGUGUAUUCAGGAUGUAUUGUUGACGGUGUCCGUUACCACACAGUUGACCGCGAGAAAUUUAGAAACACACAAAACAGCGGAAUCCUUACCGAGGGAGACCAUGAGAAGGAGAUUAUUGACUUCUACGGUCAGCUCAAAAGCAUCAUCAAGCUGCAGUACAACUCCAGCGGAGGCUUUCACCGUUCGGUCGUCUUGUUUAGAUGUGAUUGGUUUCAUGUUGGUGGCGGGAAGAAUCCAGGACUUAGAGAUGAUGGGCAUUUCAAGAGCAUUAACACUGCAAGGUUGUGGUAUAAGAAUGAUCCUUUUAUUAUUACAUCACAAGCAACAAAGAGUAUCAGUUGGGUUGAUGCUAUUGUGAAGAAGGGAAGUAAUCUGCUCAGUAGAGUUCCUGUCCAGUUUAGAGUUCCUGUCCAGUUUCUGCCGUUGGUCGCGCUUUCUUAUGUGGUGCUUUACAUCAUGGUAUUCUGGGAUGCUGGAGCUGCUGCAUAA